AUGAUCCAGACAGAAUCCGCUCUCGACGGUUAUGUCUAUUUAUUUCACAUUGCGAAACCGAGCAGAGUUACAGGUACGAAUGCCGGUCGAUCGGGAGAAAUAGAAAAGGAUCCGCGUUUAAUUGAGCGGAAACAGCGGCAGAUUAAACAUAGGGUCACGGAAGGGGUGAAUUAUGGUCUACUUGUGCAGACCCACCCACGUUUCCCUCCUUUGGAUCCUCAAGAGACGAAGAUAAGAGGAGAGCUGUACGUGGAGAAUCUGGGAGAGAGGAGUAUCGUUUCCAUCAGAAUGGGAUGGCUAUGGGUCGAGGGUACUACUCCCAUGAGUCUUCCGUUGAGGGCGUUGAACCUGCGACAGGCAGCACCCAGCCUCUGUCAACCGCAUGCUCUGGCCCUCGGCUUCACUUUGAGCAAUUCGCAGAAUCACAUCCUUGCCACCUUCUGGGCUGACACAGAGCCAAUCUACUGGUCCUGGGUGAGGGCAAUCGCCGCCGAGCUCGUCAGGCAAACACCGUUUCGAGCCCAGAGAUGUUUAAACUUCCUGGAGAUCCUAACCAUCUGCCCGAGAGGUCCAGUCCCUCUUCCCGACAGCCCUACGGAGUCCAGAAGACGCUCUCGAAGCGAGCUGCGUUGCUGGACCAGUGGCUCUCCCUCCGAGAAGGACUCCAGAACCACAACGACGAUUCUAGAGGAGUCCAGACGCAGAGCGAGAAGCGAGCUACGUGGUUGGUCCAGUAGUAACUCCAGCGACGAGGAUUUGCUCGGGGAUUUUCGUAGUAUACCUGCUAUCAUAACCAAGGACCAACCGUUGACCAGAACGUGGGGUUGCAGCGAGAGCAGCGAAGGCAGCGACGACAGUCUUCCUUGGGGAGGCGUGUGUCGUUCGAGCGUCGACUCUGUGGACUCGACGGUGUCGAUUCCUGAACCGGAGACCAGGGAACAGAGGAUUCAGAGGUACAAAGAGGUGAGGAGAAGGGAGAACGAAGCUAGAAGUCGAAGAGUGUUGGAGGAGGACGCUAGGAGAAGGAAAGCUAGAGCCGAGGAGAACAACAAUGACAUCUUGAAGACGUACGGUUCGAGCAGAUCGAGAAGCAGAUUCUAUUCGGGGAACGACAACGACGACUAUUGUCUAACUCCCGCGAAGAAGGACCGUGAUACUGCUUACGAUUCGCCUAGACUCAAGAACGAGAAGAACGUGAACAGCAGGCUACCGCCGGUCAAACCGAACGAGACUUCCUCCGUGAGAUUCGAGGACGAUCAACGGAACGAGGACGACAAGAGGAACAACAACAGUCCGAAAAAUGGCAACGCAAGUCCGGGGAUCCUCAGAGCGGACGUGACAGAGAGAAGAAGUCGAACUAGGGAGAGGAGAAGUACCAGAGACAAAGGACAACUGGUACAGGCCCAACAGAUCACGAAUACCACGGUGGAGACGCUUCAGGAACGCAAGGAACGCCUGGCCCAAUUAUCCUCCAGGAUUCCGGUAUCUCGACAGCUAUCUCAGACCUCGAAGAUCGUCGAAAACUGUAAUUCCUCGGUUCUACCCAGGUCGUCGACCUCUCUGUCUGUUCUCACCGAACCGCCUUGCGAAGAAGACGUAGCCAGGCUUCUGGAACGAUGUCAGAGGGUGGACCACUACGUACCGGUGCGAGAAAAGCUGACGUUGUUCGAGUCCCUGUCGAGGUUAGGCGGUCGAUUAGCCAGAAGUACCGAAGAUCUUGGUCGAACAUCGGCUAAACCGUGUCCCAGGGGCAAACAACGUGCCAGGUCUCUUCACGAUCUCAACAGAGGAGCCAGAGCUGUUCCUGUGAGAGAGAUGUGUAGGUUCUUCGAGGGAGACCUGGAACAAGAGACCAGCCAGAAGAACAGCACUCUUGGCAAAACUAGGUUCAGCGACCCUGUCACACCUACGAGGUGCAACAGCACGUGGAAGGAUUCUGGCGGUGGCAAAGGGAACGAGGCGCCUUGCGUCAGGUCGUCGACAAGGAAGAAACACUACUUGAAGUAGCAGCCA